AUGUCUUUAGGAGAAAAUAUAAACGAAGUCGCAUCUUCCUUAAUCGAAAUGAAAGUUAAAAAAGGGAAUGUAGAUAGCUCAAGGAAGACACAGUCAUCUUCCACAAGAGAGAAGGCGAAUGAGGUGUCGCAAACGCGUUCAAAUACAUCCAAAAAAACAGUUAUUGAACAACCAAAAGUGAAGCUGAGGGUUAAGGUCAAAACUGUAAGUAAAAAACGUGAACUAUCUGAUGAAGAUGAUUCAGAUUUUCAGAGUCGUCCUGGAUCUUCAAAGAAACCAAAGAGAGAAACUAAAGUUUUGAAGAAAGAUAAAAAAGUUGCUGUUAUAAAAGAAUUUCCUUCAUUGAAGAAUAGAUGUUCACCCGGGUCAUUGUUGGGUGUUAUUUAA